AUGUCUCAGGCCAAGUACGUCAAAAAAAUUGAUUCGGGAGACGGCGUUCGUAUUGAACGUAAUGGUGGUGGCCUUGAAAAUAGUAAAAUUUCGUUUGAAAGAAGACGUUCAAGACAAGAAAAGGUCCUGUUGGCCAUGUUUCUGGUCGUUUUGGUAGUUGCGAUCGUUUUUGUCGUUCUGUAUGCUUGGCAAGUUACCAGGAAGAACACCGAAGAGGAUCACGAAACGUUGUCUGUAACAAAAAAGGGACCUGCAACAACGAAGAACCCUUUAACAACGAAGAAUCCUUCAGCACCAUCUACAGCAGCAUCAGUCUGCUCUUCCCCAGACUGUGUAGUGACUGCUUCAGGUACGCAGUUUAAGAUGAGUUAAAACUACCUUUCAGUUUUUUUUUUUCAGAGACACCUGCUAAAAUGUAUUACAGUUAUGAUGUACCUAUUGUGUGGCCACUUGUUCUUUACAGCACGCCGAAAAAAUGAACUCCAGAAGCCCUGCACGCUACCGUUUCGCCUAAGGUGCUCCGUGCAUGUCACAUUCCAAAAAGAAUUCAUUAAUAUAGCUUCAUUCAGUUCGUCAGUUAUGAAGCUAUCACGUGUGAGACAGAUAAGUGGGUACUAAAAUUUUUCAGUGGUAAAGUUGAAACAAAUCUUUCUUUAAUUAUCUUUCAUUAUUGAAAUUUAAGCUGGUAAAUAUCCGCCUUUGUUGCAUUGUUUUUGCACUUUUUAAGUAACAAGGUCAUUCAGCUAUUAAAGUUAAAUUAGUCCUCAUUAUUUGGCAAAUUGCUCAAAAUAAUUCCAAAUCACAAGCCAGCAUCGAUUUAAGUUGUCGAACCGAACAGAUGUUCAGUCCUAGGUAGUUCUAUUAGUAUGCAUGGAUGUUAUUCAAAUAUAACUUUUAAUUUGAAAAAUAUGCGCCGGUUCUAUGCAAGUGAUGGUUUAUGCGAGGUAGCGUAAUUUUUUUCGUCGUUUGAGAAGGCUGAAAGAACAGCUGAGAUAUCACUCAGCCCCCCACUUUUUUGUUAAAAGCUGGAUUUCUUCGUGACACGUAAAGACUGCAUUAAUACUAUUGUUCAAAUUCAGUUUCGAUCAUAUAAUCUUUUUUUAACACCUUCUUGUUUGCAAAAGUGUACAAGAAGUAUUUUUCAUGGUUGUCAUCGAGUGCAAUGUUUUCGAUAACAGAUCGGGUCUUUAAACAAAAUGUGUCACUCAUGAUCAACCUUACACUGACUUUUUUUUCAGUGAAGCCCACUUCGGCCCACGUUUAAGUGUUAUCUGAAGAAAUGUCGAAUAAUUUUUGGUCCGUCUUACCACUGUUGGCAUAGAUUUUCUUAAACAAAAUUACAGUGUCCAUUUGCCUUUACAAUGUAAGUUACCGUUGAAAUUUAUUAAUGCACGAAGUUUUCACUGUUCAGUGCGUAUUUCCGUUAUGCAGGCGCGGUCGCAGAUGGGCUAGACGUUACAAUUACAUGAAGUAGUAACUUCAUAUACACACUAAGAAAUUAGUCAAGAAAUGUCAGGAGCAAAAUACCUGAAAGUCUCGGACUCUAUUGAGGCGAUACACGUUCCAGAAGAUCUUGAAAGUAACGAGACAGUAACAUUUGUGAAGAAACGAUGGCCUGGAAAACAGUGCCUUGUUUGUGCAGUUUUCAUGAUUGUCUUGGUUCUGGCAAUAGUAUUCUUAGCUUUGUUCGUUCAUCAGCUCUUUAAAAGCAAAUCUCCUAGUAAUCUAGACAAAGAGGGAACAAGAAAAUCAGGGACAAACUGUCUCUCCUCGGACUGUGUUCUCGCUGCAGCAAGUAAGUUCAUUCGACAGUUCUUUGAUAAUUUUUUUUAUCAUUAUUUAUGAGCAGAUGUUUUGUGACCGGAAUGACAGCCUGAGGGAAAAGAAGAAUCUCGUUGUUUCGGUUCGAUUCGUUUGCGUUAAGAUAUCUUUACUAUACAGCAUGGCUCGCACAAAGUUGUAGUUCUUUUUGUAAAGAGCUUGGGACAAAUAGAAAAUCUAAGUCCUCCAAGUGAGAGAAAACCCAAGCCUUGUUUGAAUUUCACGCUCCGAAGCACUAGUACUGCCUGAGGGCUGCAUUCAACUCGAUGUUAAGCUUACAAUCGGUUUUAUACGUGCUGCAUGCUGCCAGGAUAAACAAAGCUCUAUUUUCCCUAUUUUAAAGAGGGAAAGCGAAGCGAUGAGAGAGCAUUUAGCCGAGAUAAAAGCCGAAUUAAAGUCACAAAUUUUGCGUAUUUCAGUGCCUUACUGCUGUUAUUUGCCUCAUUGCUGUCAUUAUUUUAAUUGAGUGCUCGCUUCACCUCUUUAAAAUUUCAAGCUUCGCCGACAGGCCAUGGAAAAUUUACGUAGUUCGCAACUAUUUGGAGGGUAUACAGUUCUUUAAAUCACCUCCGAAGGUUUUAAGAUUUUGUAAAAGUUCUCUGUGCUAUAUACGUCCCUUUAUACGUCCUUGAACUUUCUGGAAAUGCACAGAAUAUCUUUUUCAUUGAGCGAUUUAUAACUGGAAUUUUAAAUUUUUAAGCUACUUCACUUAAACUGUGUCUCUUAAAUUUGUGCGAAAGGAUGUUUGUUUUGUCUGUAUUUACAAAGUGUAAGUUAGAUCAGAUUAAAGCUAAGUUUUGGAUGACGAGUCGUUUUAAAUUUUUUCAAAAAUUCCCAUUGGCGCGAGAAUGUCGUGACAGGUACAGAAGUACAAACGUCAAUCACAACUUGUAGCAUUCUAUCAUAUUUGCAUUCGGGGAUGUUUUGAAACAAAAACCAGACUAUUAUCAGACAGAGAAAAAUUGUGAAAUAGUCGUUAUGGUAGUAAGAAUAACAGUGACACUAUUAUAAUUGUUACAGUGUAAAAUACCGAUCUAAGAAAAUUGAAUUCACGUCAAAGAUACAUAAGAUUUUAAAGUUAACUUGGAAUUAACAGCAAAGGCAUUUUUCACGAUUAAUGUGUAAUCGUUGUGAGCUGGAAAGCAUGCCGAUACAAAUUUUCUGAAAGAUGCAACUCGACUCAUUUUUACCUAGUGAUCGUUUUGUCACGCUUUGGUCAAGUAAGGAUGUGUUAUCUUUCCCAGGUUAUAUCGGUCACGCGAUGGCGUGACAAGCCGAAAACCUAAUCAACUUGAAUUUCAUUUGAACCUGGUACUGUCAUCGUCUUCACCACAUGCAGUUGUACGAAAGCAAAGUAGUCAGAAAGUCAUUUACACUGUUCUAUACCAGUCAUGUCCACUGUAAAAUACACCAGGAAAAUUGAUUCUCCAGAUGCUUUUCGUAUCGAUCCUGUUAUUGGAGUCGACAAAAUAACUUUUUCGCGAAAAUAUUCGCGAAGGGAGAAGGUGUUAAUUGCCGCGUUCUUGCUUGCCCUGGCUGCUGCAGUUGUGUUUAUGACUCUGUACAUACUUCAAGUUUCAAAAAGCAAGGAAGAGGUAGCCCCUUCCACUACUACAGCCUCUGCCUGUCUUGAACCAGCUGACUUUGUUGUUAUCGCCUCAGGUUAGUUCUCAUUUUGCUGCGUGCUGAUCAGUGGUCUUUAUGUCAACCUGAACUAACUUUUGCAGAUUAAACCAAAGACAUCUUGCUUACCUUCUGCCUUAUGUUUCAACCGUGAUACCUUGUAGCAAAACGAACCGUAAUUGUAAAGAAGUUAUAGCAGAUAGCCUUGAAAACUUAAGAAUUCUAACUACGUUGAGAGGCUUGGAGCUUUCGAAGAGCUUACGAUGGCACCGCCCCCGGAACGUGAAGCAAAACGAAUCAAAAUUUGUGUUUUAAAAUUCCUAGCAUAGAAAACCCGAAAACUUAACUUUCUACUUGCGAGAAUUUGGGAGUUGCAAAGCUGAAAGCUAUAAACUUACAGCCGUUUUGGCUUUGCGUUAAUUUCUGGAUCCGUGGUCAGCUCUUCUUUGUUAAUAAAGAAGAAUGGAUAACUGUAUGAUAUGUAAAAGGAUGGAUCAUGUUCUCUAGGCUGUAAGACUAAUGCUUAUGGCACAAUCGUAACCAUUCAGCCAGACGCCCUCGUUUCUGUUUUCGUAAUUCCAGAAUUGUUCGAUAUGAAACUCUUCUUUUUACUGUUCUAGCGCAUGGUUGUGCCGAAAGGUGAUGAUAUUUAGGGAAAACAUCUUAAGGAUAUUUUUGUUUUGACAUAAGAUAACGCAAUAUUUACAAGAAUAGCCUACAGAGAAAAGUGCGAUAAUCAGUGUGGAGAAAGAGCGUUUAGAUUUUUUGGGUCAUAAGGAACUUGUUUACAUAUAUGACUUUUUGCAUCAUCUGAUUUUACCGCACGAAAGCGAAGGAGGAACUCUGGCGUUGACUUUUCAAUUUUAUUGUCUCGUUUUUUUUAUCUGUCUUCAUAAUGAAAUUUAUUGGGCGUAUCAAGUGCAAACAUCCAAGCAGAAUAUGAUCCACUAUGUAGCAAAAUGUUAACGAACUUAUUGAAACAGGUCAAUUGACUUGUGUCAAAGUAUUUAUCACUUUGACAGAUCAAAUAACAAACAUAAGUUUUGUGACCACUAGUUGGUGAGCGAAUGAGUCGAUUAAGGAAGUCUUCCUUAAUACCAACAAGGGAAAAUGAGGGAACCCCUUAAUUUCUCUUGGUAGACCAGAGAAAUUCAGAAUUGGCCUAAAGGGUAAAAAAAACGAAAACGAACUACAUUAUGCAAACGAAAACAAACAAAGAAACCGAAACAAAAACAAAGUAUCGUCAACAAUUGCUUCGUGGCUCGAAUGUGAUGGCUUUGCGGACAUUUGCGCUGGUUCAGACUCAAAGCGUAAAUUUUUCAAUUUCUUGUUUUGCAACUUGUGUUAAUGGUCUUCGUCGUGAGGCGUCCUGGUUCCCUUUAAGCGGGUUCUCAUAUCUUUAGUAUUUUUCUACGCUGACGAUGUGUUAUUCUAGCUAUGAAAUUAACGAAAAUUCUCUUCAAGUCGAAGAAUAGAGCAAAAUGUGGUAAGCAGCUACACUCUUCGAGAGAAGCUGUUCUCCAGUUUACCCUUUAACUUCCUAGAUCUGCUCGUCAAUUCUCCCAUUUAGCUGUUAGACGUUUCCUCGUUAAUUAGUUAUAAGAAUUUGGUGUUUGAUCAACUUGUAUCUGAUAAGUUUGAGUAUUUUCAUUACCUGUUUCCUGACUUAUGUAUGGAUAUCAAGGGAAGAAGUUACUCUUUAAUCACCUCUGGGAGUCGAAGGGUGAAUGAUGUCGACACAGGGUCCGUUUAAUUUGGGGUGGCCCAUUCGUGUGAACUUUGCGUUAAACUGGUCGUUCUGCGUUUUUCUCUCGUGUGUCGAUAUGUCUUUACCAAUCGAGGGAGGGGUGGGAGGGGUAGAUUUUAAUGGGUGCCUACCCCCUCCUGCAGUUCUGUCAUCCACUACGAUCAUUGCCGUUCGCAGCUCUUUAAUCCUUUAACUCCUAGAAGUGAUUAACAUGGAACUUCUCCCUAUAAUAUCCAUACAUUAUCCUGCAAACAGGUGGUGAGAAAACUCCAACUCAUCAGGUUGAGGUUGUUCUUGAUCUAACACUAAAUUCUCAUAACUGAUUUACAAGGAAAUAUGUAGCAGCUAGGGGGGAGAAUUAACAACCAGAUCUUGGGAGUUAAAGGGUUAAACUCUCUAAGGCCAAAUGAAACUGAUGCAAGGGGAGAGAAAAAUCAGUUGUUAAUUAACAGUGUGAAGUUUCUUUGUUUUAUCUUCACGCUUUUAAAUCAGAAUUGAAGUAGACGUACAUUUGUUUCCUUAAGCUCAGUGUUAAAGACUUGUGUGGUGAUGUGAAUUAGGCUGCUACCUAACACCCUUACAAACAAGUCGAUGCAAAUUAACCAACAAGCUAAGCAAUGAAAUGAACAGAGAGGAUAACACCGUGAAAUUUUUUAUUACGACACCAAUAUGUUUUCAUUUGCAUUUUCUUUCACAGACCACUAGGUGUAAAACUUUUGUAGAACAAUAAUCAAUGACAUAAAUUUUUAUUGUUACCACUCAGUUGGCACCGUUGGAAGUGGUUUACUGAGAAAGUGAGUUCUCUACAUAAAUUUAUUUAUAUUCAGCUUACACACAAGCGUUUACUUUAAUUUACGUUAGUUAUCGCUUAGGAGCAGGUGUGCAGAUUUAAAAGGGGCGAUUUCUUUCUUCUGGAGUUGAUUCUAUCAAUUUCAAGAAACUGACUAAAAAUAAUCGAAAGGUAAAAAGGUGAAGAAAUCAGUUCAUGUGAGAAGGCUAUCGAAAGAUCCCGUCAUAAGAUAUGAAAACUCCAUAAAUCGGCUAAAGUUGUUCACCGUUUAGUAAUCACCUGGACUAUUAUACACUUUCCUAUGGGAAACAUCGUGCAAAAGAAAGAGGAUUAAUUGAUCUUCCCCUUGGAAGCCACCACAGGCAUUAUGGAGCUUUUCAAAUAUCCGCAAGGUGUUCUUUUGUAUUGCAUGGCACAGAAUUGCUUUUAAUUACUUUUCUCUUUAUGUCUUGAAAGCAGAAAAUAUCGCUGGCCCUUGUUGAAUGCAAAGGUGUAAAGCGCGCAGAAUGCAAUUUCCGUGGUUAGAUUUAGAUUAAGUUCGGAAUGCAAACUGGUUUUAAACGCUGGUAACAAAGAUUUCUACUAUGGCUGAUCUUAAUGUGAAAUAUAGUAGAGCGGAGAACGGAAUAGACUCGGCGGACAUUGACAGUGGCGCCGAAAUGGUCGAUUACGUGCGCCAUAGAAAUGGUCUGUCCAAACUGGAGAAGUUUCUUCUCGCAUCUACAUUGAUUCUUGUUUUUGUGUCGUCUGUUUUCGCUGCCUUGUAUAUGUCUGAGCGGCAAACUAGAAACUUAAUGAAAGAGACUUCUUCCUCGGAAAAUGAAGAUAAAAACUGCAAAGCCUCUAACGCAACUGAAGAAGAAAAGCAGAAUAAAACCAGUGUGAUGUCGAGCUGCGAUCUAAAUCCAAACUCUGCGAAUUGUGUAAAUGAGGUCAUGAAACAAGCUGCCUUUGGUAAGAUGUCUCUUAUAACAAUGGCACUCAGAAAAAUCCUAUUCGCCGUAUUCUUAUUUGAGACGAGGGCGUAUUUAUUACUUAAAGAUGAGGUUUCUACAGUAAUUGGCGUCUGUUGUUGACCGAUUAACUCUUUCUAGUUGAUGUCGCAAAAAAAAACCGUGAUUUUUCAAUUUUUAUGAAUCAUAGUGAUGACAAAGAAACUUAUGUUUUUUCUUUGGUUUUAAACUAAAUCACGCAAAGUUGAAUUUGUUCUUAAGGAGUUUGGGCACUGAUGUUUUAACUUCUCGAUUACUGUUUAAAAUUUAAUGAGUUGAAAAAAUACUCUCAUGUCUCAAUUUUUUGAAAUACUUGACAACCAUUUCACUACUUUAGAUGCUAAAUAGGAUUUCACAUUUUUAGCUAUUAAGUUUAUUCCAGUUGCCAAAAUUGAUUUCGUCUCGAAGAACUUCAGUUGAAAAAUUGUCUGAUUUUUUACAUACAUUGGUGACAUUUGUUAUAGGAUCGGUAAGGUGACUCCGAAUUAAAAAUUUGCAUAACUUUUUAUUACUGUUAUUAGGCAAUAAUGAAUACAGUGGAAUAAUUGUUUAAGCUUAGCACUGGAUUCUGUCCCAAGAAUCAACCUUACGCACUCAAUUGCUGCAGACACGUCUAUCACUAGUCCUAUGUUUGGCUUAAGAUGCCUUCAACUGUAUUUUACACUGGCCAUUGACCAAAUUUGUUAAAAUACUUUGAUCUUCCAAUCGUGAUUUUCGUGUAGCUCAAAAAGUGAUAACUGUAGAUGAAAACAAAUGAUUUAUGGCAUAAAUUAAAAUAUCCUGACAAAUGUCUCAAUCCAAAGGCACCAAUUUUUGUGUUGGAAAUAUUUUGACUUCAAAGGCUUUCAAAUCCGUUUUCUUCCUUCAUAGUAUUGGUGAACUUGAGUCUUCAUAGGACUUUAGCGAAAGCCCUCUCCUACUUACCUCCUAAAGGGAGCCAGAACUAAUUCGAGAUUGGCGUCAUAAUAGGAAGGCAGUGUUGAGUGCCACAUAGAACCACAGAUUAUCUACGUAAAAAUGGCUUUGUAAAGUAUGUGAUGAUUUUGCGGUUGUUUUUGACAGAGGACGAAAAAGAAAUAUACAAAGUUUCAAAACACAAGUGCAGAGCUAUUUUGGUCAACUGAGUUGAUAAUUUAAAUUGCUACUGUGAAGAGUUGUAAAACUGACGUUUCAGCGUUAGCUGUAAGUGGCGAAAUUGCGUGGCAUGGGAUGAUGGUCUUGUUCGAAAGAGGAUUUGCUAAUUUGAAGUGGGAUUAAAAACUUAAAGAAACCAUACUGUUAUAAAAAUAAUAAUAAUAAUAUUAAUAAUAACUAUUAUUGUUUUUUAAUGCAGCGUCGUUUUAACGUUAGCUUAUUGUUAUGAUCAAGUCAAAGUCAACAAAUUGAGAAUGAAUGAAAAUGUACAAAGAAUUCUCAAUAGACCCCUAUGCAAUGUGCCGUGUUUAAAAAAAAAAAAUAAUAAUAAUAAUGUGACUUUCAUAUAUUCUUAACCAUUUAAUAAUAAUGAUAAUGAUAAUGAUAACAAUAAUAAUACAGUGGUUUGAUGGUCAAAGUGCCCCUCUCGAAAUCUUUGAACUGAUGUGUUUUCCUUUAUUUCCUCUUAACAUUGUAUGUAAUACUGGUUUUUUUUAUCUUUCAGAAAUAAUUGGUGCAAUGAACGCAAGUGCAGACCCGUGCGACGAUUUUUACGAAUACGCGUGUGGGACAUGGAUGAAAAAGAAUACCAUUCCAGAGAGCAAGUCGUCCUGGAGUCAGUUCCGUGUUCUUUACCAAAAUAAUGAAAUGGUCAUGAAAAGGCUAAUCCUCGACAAUAAGGAUGCUACAAAAACUAAAUAUAAAGAUGUAAGUAACUACUUACGUUUCAGGUUGUUGUUUUUUUUUUUUAACAAAUUCCAAUGCUGUUUUACCAGCCAUUUAGGAGCAAUGUUUGCCGUAGACACGCAGUCCAAUGAAUGAUUUUUAUGCAAUUCUGGCACGUUAACUGAGAGCCGUUUUGCGGAUUUUGUGACUCUUUGUCUCGUUUGGGGUUGAAAUAUCGCAUACUGUCUUUUGCUUUGCUCUUUUCUCUUCCACUGUCUGAGUUUAAUGUUGUUUUGAACAUGUAAGGGUGUUUUUUACGCACUCUUCAUCAGGUCGAUCUAUCUCUAGUCGGUGCCUCUUACAUCUCUUCAUUUAGGCCAAUAUCCACUUCAAACUGAAUCAAACAACUAGUUUCUGUUUUAUCAGUGAAAAACGAAAUCUGACAUGUUUUUAAAGGAAUGCAUUUUUUCCACUUCAUUUAAGUGCCACCAUUUGUUUGGCUCUUAUCGUUCUUAUUCCAUUUCAUACUUUUAUUUGUAGAACAAAGCUGUCAUGAAAGGGUUCGACAUGUUUGAUUCCUGCAUGGAUGAAGACAAAAUUGAAAACCUUGGUGCGGAACCACUCUUUGAUUUGAUUAAGGAGUAUGGAUCCUGGAACGUUACGGACGGAAACUGGACGGAGGAUUCGUGGGACUUCAUGGACAAUUUCGUGAAGAUUCAAAAAUAUCUGUCGAUAGCGCCUCUCUUCAACAUGUAUGUUUCAGCUGAUCUUCGAGAUUCUACGAAAAAUAUCAUUGUGGUAAGUGACCGAUUACCUUUAAGUUCGCAGGGUUUUUCAAAGAUUUUAUCUGAUGAUGGCAAACUUCUUAUAUUUUCUUACGGCUAUAAAAAUACUUGUAUUCUUCAUUGUUAUUUCUUAUCCGAAAAAUAAAACUUCUUAUGUUUUGUUUGCAUGAAACAAUGACUGCUACUGCCCGUUUUUCAAUAAAAUGCAGAUCUUAGUUUCAUUGUGUUUUAUUUUGGACGUUUUCAGCUUGACCAGUCUGGAAUUUCCAUUUCUCAAGAAGGUUUUUUGAAGAACACAUCUUAUCAUGUCAAGGUGGGUACAUUACUGAAUUCAAGUUAUAAAGCAUCCAAAAGCAUGAUAUAACUGGGCUUCAUUCUUAACGCUGAGUGCACAUUGGGAAUUGAAAGUGCAUCUCCAGAAAAAAAAGUGACUUUCAGAAGACGAAUUUAAUUUGGUAUUAUCACAGAGUCGAAACUUUCCUUCGCACAAUGACCUUCCCUUUGUGACUGUCGCUUUUUGUACCUUUUUGCGCAGGUUUUUGAACCCACACAAUAUAUUAUCUCUCACUAGGUCCGUACAGCAUACAAAAAACUCAUGAUUGACGUUGGGAAGCUUCUCACCGGUGACAAUCCAAACACAGAGGCGCUGAUGAAAGAAAUUUACGAUUUCGAAGAAUCUCUUGCAAAGGUGAGUCGGACCGUCAUUUUGAACACACUUUACACGGUCUUACACGGUCUUCUUCUUUUUGGUAAACAAUGUGUAUUGACUAUGGUUUGGCUUUUUGCUGUGAAUCAUCCCAACCAACCAGCGUUUUAUGCUAAACGUUUCUUGGUAAACUAUAUAAACUGAGCCAGAAGGAGAAAGAGAGAGAUGUCAGCGAGAUAUCCUCUGCAAGGUCUAUCAUGCUAAUGUCUGCUUUCCUUGAAAAGACAACUUGUGGUCAUUGGUGAACACUUUUGUACUUUUCUUCAUGUAGUCAUUCAUUCCCAGAGAAAAACGAAGAGACACCAAUAAGAUGUACAAGAAGAUGAAGCUUAGUGAGUACAUCAAAUCCGUUGGAAAUGCGGUGAGCGUUUAUUUUAGAGCAACACUGUCCAGAUCUGACCAUAUUGCUCUCAAUAUCUGAGAUACUUGGUAGACAGAUAGCAUGUGUGCGAGCAAUUUUCAAGUAAGUUUCGAAAUAAAUCCAAGAUUGCAUGGAUUUCAUGGUCCAGAAAACUCCCUCCCCCCCCAAAACUGACAACAAUCUCAACUUUAUCACUCGUCCACCCCUCCCCCCGUCUUAGUUUGUUUACCUCUUUUACAUUGAAUCCUCAUUGAUUUGGCUCCUGGUGAUAUCUUCCUAUGUUUUGAUUUGCUGUUGUUUUUGCCUUGAUUUAGCUUGUACAACAGUCGAAAAACGCUUACUGUAGUUAACUUUUAAGUCGGAAGAAGUGAAACGGAGGCUUACGAAGAGGUUUUUAGGUAUUAUACUUAAAUUGCAUUACAGAUUGACAUGAUGGAUUUUCUCAAGAAGAUGUUCAAUGAGACAGGUUACAAUAUCACGGGAGAUGAAAUAAUCGUGGGGCUGGCACUUGACUACAUCAAGAAUAUGACAGAACUUUUUAAUUCAACUAGCAAAAGGUAAAAAUAUUUUUUCUAUUUUAAAUUUUUCUAAGUUUUGAGUCCUCAUCAUCGUUAUAUGUGGACCAGUAUACGACAGGAUACUCUGAAGAAUUUAAGAUAUGUCACUCUUACUAAUAUGUUACACAGAUUAAGCUUUGCGUGACAAGUUUUACCGUAACACAAGCAGUAUUAUUCCAAAAAUGGGCACAAAAUUGUACGAUAACGUAACGUCAAUUUAGUCACGUAGGCCAUAUUCAACACCCGCUCUUGUUAAACGUUUUUAGACAUAUCGUUUGCGGGAAGUAUUACAGAAGGAUUUUUUUCAAUUGUAGCUACAAAAAUAUUUCUUAAUGACAGGUAGCCUCAACAAACUAUUGACUGAGCUUGAUAUGUGACCCUCGUACUUUGUAUUUAGGGUUGCUCUUUCUGUUGUGGUUAAGGUGUUUCAAUAGAGCUCGAUGGUGUUGAGCAUGUAUUGAAAAAGGAAGGAAAACAAAAAAAUUGGUGGAGGACUCUGGCAGGGACAUGUUGUGGCACCCUACUUUGACCGGGGGAAAAUUUCUCACUGGAGCACGUUACACAAAGUCCUGCUGGUCUGAAUACUGAUUGAAAAGCUUUGUGGAUGUCAUAGAAGUACUUUGUUUAUGUAAGACUUUCCCCCUCCCUGACACAUUAAAUGGAAAACGGAAGGAACCAAUUACUGACGCUAUCCCGCUUCUUUUGAGCCAGUUUGCAUGAUGCCGAUGUAUGUAGUAUGAUUCUUUUGCAGUGCACGCCAAGGAAAUUAAUCCCCAUUUACGUAUCGACAGUAUUUUUCGCUCUAUGUGCCGACCGAAAAUAAAUGUGUAUAUCAUAGUAAUCUGUACGUUUGUGUUCUGUAUUUUCAGAGUUCUAGCCAACUACAUGAUGUGGCAUGUGGUACUUCGUUUCUCACCGUAUUUGAGUUUCAAGUUCAGAGAAGUUUUCAAAGAAUACCAGAAAACUGUUAGCGGGACCACUGCUGAAGAUCCUCGCUGGCAGGAAUGUCUAGGUGUCGUGAGCGGAUCUUUCGGCAUGCCACUCGGUCUUUUGUAUGUUGACGAGACGUUUGAGGGAGAAAGCAAAAAAUCGGUAGGAAAAGGGGAUAUUGGACUGUAUUUAGAUAUUCGAUCGCUUAACAAUAGCGAUAAACCGUACACUUAUUCCACCAUUCAAGUUUUCACUAACAGUUUGUAAUGUUUCAGAUUAUAAGAUAAUAAACUAAAACAGACAAAUAAAUAAACAAAUAAACAAAAAACAGAAAACAAAACGAAAAUUAAAAUAAAACGAAAAAUUUCCUUGGGGCGCUUGGCCUAUAUCACCCUACUGCUGCUGGAUUCAAAUUCCUGGCAACCGUGUUGAUAGUAAAUCUUCCCUCUAUUGUAGGCCGAGGAAAUGAUUCACGACAUCCGACAAGUUUUCCUUGCCAAUCUGGAAAAACUGGACUGGAUGGAUGAAGAAACUAAACUAAAAGCAAAAGAAAAGGUUUGCAAUUGUAUUUGUGAAGCUAUGCAUGCUUGUUAAUUAUUUUUAUUAUUAAUUAUUAUUUUUUUCUUCUCAAUAGCGAAAGAUUUGUCUUAACAUCAUUCCUCAUGGGAAAACGUGCUGCAUUUUAGGUUGUGUUAAUUGCUUUUAGGGUUUGAAAGCAAGGAAAUUUAAGACGCCGACAUUUCAGUAGUUGAUUAAAAAUAGAAAAAUAGAUUGAGAACGCCAUUUAGAGCGUCUGUCAACGUAGUUAAAACCAUAGUAACUCUCACACACUAGCUGUUUGAAAGGUGAUAUCUUUGAAGGUUCAAAGUAAUCCUUUAACCAACCCCCAAAUUAUUCUCAAUCGGUUCUGACAUUUCCAACGAACUUGUUUCAACUUCAGUUUUAUAUUUUACACCCACAUAAAACAAAGUGCGAGGGCAGUUUCAACCAAGGAUUGUUGUUGUUAUCAUUGUUGUCGUUGUUGUUGUUGUUGUGAUUGUUGCUUCUGAUAUUUACAGUACACUGUUUGGUUAACCCUUUAACUCCCGGAAGUGAUUAACAUAAAACUUCUCCCUACAAAAUCCAUAUAUUCUUCAGCAAACAGGUAAUGAGAAUAUUCAAACUUAUCAGGUGGAAGCCGCUAUCUUGAUCUAGCACCAAGUUCUCAUAACUAAUUUACAAGGAAAUAUGUGGCGGUUAGAUGGGAGAAUUAAGAAUCAGAUCUUGGGAGUUAAAGGGCUAAAAAAACAUUUUAAUCUCUACACAGGCUCUAGCAAUACGGGAGAAUAUUGGCUAUCCUGAAUACUUGACAAACAAAACUGCGCUAUACUCGUUGUUCAAAGGGGUAAGUCUAACUUAUUCAGCAUCUUCACUUUCAGUGAUUCAACAUUCGCUCUCCAUUCCUUUUUUCUUUUUCGACAGGCGGAGUCUUUCUUUUUAGUCUUAAACAAAUAGAGCUCGCUUUAGCCAUGGUCACCAAUCUUGUUGACUGCAUAUAGAAUGAGUUUUUUUUUUAUUGUUUUGAAGCCUACACAAGUGAAAAUCAAUAACAAUGUGGUGGAUCUUUUUUGUUGCUGUUUGUUCUUUUGGCCUGUAAGCAAUUAGUCAAACCAUUUCUAAUUGAUACUCUUUGUUUCCUCUGAACCGCAGUUUGACAUAAAAAAAGACCAAUACUUCAAGAAUAUUGUGCAAUCCCAAGCAUUUUUUAACCUCAAAAACUACGCCAAAAUGGGCAAACCAGUUGACAAGGAUAGGUAAGAUAUUAAAAGAAAGGUAAGCUCGCCCCCUACUAGUUCGCCUCCAAUUCGAACUGGUAAAGGUGGGUGCAAACUUGGUGUAUUUGAUGGGCAAAUUCGUCGCAGCGAACUAGCAGAGGGCGGACUUACAAUGUUAGGAAAUUUCUGCAAACCCUCGUGGGCAAGGUAGUCUCUUUGCAUCCCUCGACCGAGUGGUUUUAAUGUAGAGUACCAGUUAACCGUCAAGAAAAACUGGAAAAAUGCUGCAAUGGGGAAUUGUGAGUGAUCAACUUGCUCUUGAUUAGGAUCUUACCCAGGAGUAGUAGUAAUGCUUCUAGCUGCUUCAUGCGAAGGAAUCUUGGAUAAGCUCUGGCAGUGUUGGCUCAUCAGCUUGUUAAACUUGUAUGAUUAUUAUUUAAUGCAGGUGGUCCAUGACUCCUCCCACUGUAAACGCUUACUAUUCUUCCAUUGAAAACAAAAUCGGUGAGUACUUGUGUGUUUGUGUUUGAGUUAAGUUGUUGUCGUUGUCGCUAUAACUUCCUUUUUAGCCUGAAUUUUAAAAUUCAUAUAAAACAUAGAUAGUAAUGGUAUGAUCAGUUUACGAUUUGGGACUGACCCUUGUGGUUACUCUUUGCUAGUUUGCCUGUUGUUCUCGGUGUUUUUAUACUGUAUUUGUUCUCGUUUAUGUUAGAUUAGUGUUUGAUUUUGCGUCUCCUUCCCUUUCAAUGUUACUUGAGGUUUAUUUUUUUUGUUGACGGGUCUCGUUGAUCUUCUAAACGCACUGGGAGGUUCUUUGUAUUCUUUUCUUUUUUUGAAAGUCUACCUCUCAAGGUUUUUUUUCUCCCUUACUGAUGAAAAAUUUUUUUGCUUCUUUUUUUACUCAGCUUUCCCUGCUGGAAUCCUGCAGAAACCAUUUUACGAUCACAGAUUCCCCAAGUGAGUGGCGACAUUCAAACGAAUCAUUUAACUUAUUCGAUAUUUUCUCUGUACUGACACGUGCUUUGAAAGAGGGUCGAUUGGUGAGAAGCAGUCCCCGAUUCUCUGGUAUUUUACCUCUGAACGUGCUUAUAGGAUCUGCCUCUCUUCGUUCGCCGGACCGUUUUGGUUAGCACACUCUUGCUGCUAAAAUGGUGGUUUCCUUCGUUGUCUUUUUCUUUUUCAUCAUCGUUUCAGUAAUUCGCGCGCUAACGAGUUGAAGAAAAGUCUCUGUCGAUUAAUAGUUCGUUCGAAGCAGUUUUUAAAUUCCGUUCCUCCAUCCGGCCCUCGGUCUGUCGUUGCAUUUAUUUCUCUAUGUAUUAAUUUAUCUAUGAAUUAACUCUUUUAUUUGUGUAUUUAAUUUUAAAUUUAAAUUUUAUCUUAUUUCGUUUUUUCCUAAUUUUCCAAGGGCUCUCAACUAUGGAGGAAUCGGAAUGGUUGUUGGACACGAAAUCACUCAUGGCUUUGAUGACAAUGGUAAGGACGUAUAUUUGCCAUAGAUAAUGUUUGAAGCCGAGUCCUAAUAUUCUUCAAUAACCAGAAAGAAAAAAAAAACUGUUUUCUUGUUCACUGAAAUUAAAACACACACUUGAUAUUAUAUUGAACUUGGAGCAUUUGCCGAAUAAGAGCGAGGAGACAAGAAAAACGAGUGAGAUUUGGAAAUUUUAUUUAGAUUUGUGCUUCCUAAAUUAGUUUUCAUUUCGUUCCUGUAGGUCGACUGUUUAACAAAGAUGGUAACUUGGCGAAGUGGUGGUCAAACAGUUCUAUUACAGCUUUUAAAAACAAAACAAAGUGUCUUGUGGACCAGUACUCCAAUUAUGAAUUUCAUACCAAGAACGUAAGUCUGUUGUCAUCGAUGACAUGCUUCUUACCAAUUAUGUUUUCAUGCAUCUGCUACGUGGCAGCAAACAAAGCCAAAUAACAUGACUUGAACACAACUAGCUUAGGGAACGUUCAUCUCUUAUUUCAUUAUAGUGAAUAUGCGAGUGAAUGACUGUUGACAUUCGUCGUAAACUACGCUGAUGUUUAAUAGUGUAGAAUGAUGGGAACUAACCUCACAGCAUUCUGACAUUAAAGCCAUAAUCCUACAUCUUUUCAGUCAAAGGUCAUAUUUUAUUUAUCUCCACCUCCCUAGUGGUACACCACGUUCGUCUAGCGCUGGGACGCUGCAUUUUUGCCGCGGUUUCUAACGUAGGUUCAAAUCAACAUAGCGGUCAAGCGUCAGACAUGCACAAGUGGAUAAAUCUUGCCCGACCGCGCGCAAAUUUCCCACACAACUUCAAAGAAGAACUUAAAAACAAUCGCUGUCACGCUGUACGCCUGUGAAACGUCGUAACUUACUGACUUGCUCGUUGUUUAUAACUUCUGUAAGACAACACGGUUCUGACUGUCUAGAGGCACACCUCUCAGGCUUUACGAGGUUCGCGCAUCUAUGCGCAGACGUUUGACUGUUUGUAGUUUAAAUCAAGGCAUGCUGCGUAGUAUUUACUUGCUUUCCCACCCAGUGACUUCUCCUUGUUUAGUUGUGAGACAACACGGUUUUGACCACCUGGAAGCACACCUCUCAGGUCUUACGAAGUUUGCACAUCUAUACGCAGACGUUUGACUGCUGUGCAGUUUAAAUCCAGGUCAUGGCACGGUACUUGCUUUCCUAACCAGUAACUUCUCGUUAUUAAGUUCAAACCUCUUGUCAACAAUCUUUUUUUAACAGCUAAAGGGCCAGCAAACCCUUGGAGAAAAUAUCGCGGAUAACGGCGGGAUCAAACAGGCAUUUCAGGUGGGACAUUGUCUUUUGUUCUAUGUUGUUUAAUUAUUUUUGACUUUUCGUGUUACAAAAGGCAUCGAAGUCUAACGAUGAAAAGUAAUGAAUUUUAUAUCCUGACAAUCGUGGCAGGAACAGGUAGCAGCCAGUUAGUUGAGCAUCAGUUUUGAACCAUGGCCAUGAACUUAAGUUGACCAACCGUUUCUCCUUUCGUUUCCGUGAUAUCACUCGUUUAGUGAUGUGCUCUUACCUAAUUUUCCUUUUGAUGUAAGCCUACCCUUACUUAACGGCAAAAUUGUUCGCAGUGAAUAAGGAAAUCAGAAAGCAAUACCCGAUCAAUACAGCUUUGAUAUUUGACUGACGACUUAGAAACAAGGUCACACCUUCAUGUGAUCUUUCACCAUACUUGAAAAAAAGUUUCUUUUGUGUACUUUCCGGUUGACUUUAAAACAAUAAGUGGUUAAUAAUUGUAAAUUUUUGGACGAAGGCCUAUCAGAACUGGAAGAAAAGGCGAGGCCCAGAGCCCUCUCUCCCCGGUUUGAAAGACAUCACUAAUGAACAGCUCUUUUUCCUUGGGUUUGCUCAGGUUUGUAGAUCAUAUUUUUCGUUUUGUUUUGUUUUUUAAUACAUAUGCAUAAUCUAAAUGAAUAAAAAGCAACAACCAAAAGGAAUGUUAAAGAAUAAUAAUUUUAAAGGUACUUUUGAAAAUCUCUCUCCCGCAUGUUUUUAAAGAAACUUUGGGCAAAUAUGGAUACUGUAAACCUCAGAGUAAAACUUGUUUCGAAAUUGAAACCGCAACUAACAAACGAAGUUUUUGUUUUGGUAAGCGAAUCUAGGCUACUGACUGUGUAUGCCCAACUAAAGUUUUAAGUUUUUUUAAAUAAUUUUACCAAGGGAGUUUUUUGGUUUAAUGAUUAUAUUUUUACGCAUUUUUUUCCUAUUCAGAUCUGGUGCAGCAAAUACCGCCCGGAAACGGCUAUGCGCCAGGUGGAUUAUGGUGUUCAUAGCCCUGGAAAAUUCAGGUGCAACUAUAUAAAGCGCAUUAAGUAAAUACAAGGAGAGGGACACUUCAGCUCAAAAAAAUCUUAACUUAGUAUGUGCGUGAUAAGCACGAGAUCGCGAAGGUGUUUUAAUUUCUUGGUUUAUGCGACUCAAGUGUGCUCCUUAAAUUUAAGUAAACAGGGAUCUGCGAAUUUUUCAAGAAAGCAAGAAACUAAAUCAAAAAAAGUAUAUUUAUCAAAUGACUAAUGCGGUCUCGCACGCUGUUAUUGAAAAGCAUCAGACAAAAUCCCAAUUUGAGGCUGCACAGGACUAGAAUAAGCCUUAUGUUCUCACGAGAUGCAAGCUAAUAGAAGAAAGAAAGAACAAGAUGGAGUGACGGUCAUAUAAAACUGAAAACACUGUUUAUGAACUCAGUCAGGUCGGGCCGAAAGGGAAAAUAUCGAGUUUUUCUUGGUCAUUUUGCACGGACCUCAACCAAAUGUUUUUCCGUUCGGUCCUCCCACUCGGUCAACAAGUGGGAGGUAAUGCGAGCUGACAAAGGGCUAACGCUCGAAACGUCAACUUUAGAAACUCUGUACAGUGGCCAAUUUACUAUCAAAGUUGAUAGUACCAUAUUAUCCUGUUAUACUCCCCCACCGACGCGAUACCACAGUUUCUUAAGAAACUUCCCCCCCUAGUGUACCCACCUGCCAUAAUUCUCGAAUUCGUUUUCAGUGUCCUACGAAAACGCGUUUUUCUGAUGAUGAUUAUCAACCAAUGAUAUCAGUUAAACUCCCUAAUCUUCUGAUACAUUUUCUUUUCAGGGUACUGGGCUCUUUAUCGAACUUUGACGAAUUCGCUAAGGCUUACAAGUGUCCUAAAGGAUCUCCAAUGAAUCCUGCGAAAAAAUGCACUGUGUGGUGAACAAGUUUGUUAAUGACCUUGACUAGAGAGAUCUUCCAAAGGAAGCAAGUGUCGAAGAACGCUGAUAGAUAAUUGUAGGAGAUAACAUCUCUAUAUCAUUUUCGCAAAGAAAAACAAAACCAACACUAUACUUGUCAGUUUGUAGAUAUGUUCUAAAAGGGACUUUAUAAUGAGCUCCAGAAACGUGCAUAGUUAUAGAGACAUUGUUUCACCGGUUCAGUUUAAACGUCUAAAUUUUCAUCGUUAAAAGUUUUUAUCGCAAUUUCCGCGCUUAAGCGCGAAUUUUUAUGAUUAAGAGACAAACCAAUCGUUUAUAUGAAUUCAAGGCUUAGUUUAUUGAAUACUGCCAGGCUGCAGUUCAGUUGUGUUCGUAAAACCGUUGUAGUUCUCCGUUAGCCUCAGCCCUCCUCCCGGUUUUCCUUCUUUCUUUCCUUUCUAUCUCACAAAAUAGACUCUUGGUCACUUAAAACGGGUAUUGUUUGCCAAGAAGUGUUGUAAGAUAUCUUUAGAUAGUAAUACUGUGCCAUUAUUUUUAUAUUUUAU